ACUCUCUUUCGUUUAUUCACACCCCGCCUUUUUCGUUCCCCAUCUCUUUCCCAUGUGAUCAUAUUUCUCUCCAUACAUACAUAUUUCUACAUGCGUGUGUCUCUUUUUUACACUUAAAAGUGCAACUUAGCUCUUAUAACAAGAAAAGAACGGAAUGAUGGCUAAUCAGAUUCUUGGAUUUCUCUAUUAAAUGAUGUUUUAUGACUCUUUGUGCACUAUAAAAUCCGUCAUUUAUGGGUGUUGAUACACUGUUUUUUGUAACAGCUGGUGAAAAAUGAAGAGAAGUGAUAUUGGUUUGUUCUUCAUUGCUCACUUGGGUGUCUUGGUGAUUGUUGGUUUGAGUUUUUGCAGCUCGGUUUUAGCUGUGGAGGAACAGCCUGAUCGAGAAAGUCUCGACUUUAUUUUAGGUGAUACAAAUUUAGGGAGGUGGAGAAGUGGAAUAUCGAGGGCAAUCGCAGAGGCCCCUGGUCCAGGAUCAAGCCCAUUUGUUUUGGCAGAGAAAAGGACACGCAGGCCGGACAUACUCUCCGGCUUUAAAAAAUAUCAGGGUGGAUGGGACAUUGUCAAUAAGCAUUACUGGGCUUCUGUAGGAUAUACAGGUAUUUCUGGUUUCAUUCUUGCCGUGCUGUGGUUUGUGUCAUUUGGAAUUGCUCUUGGUGUACAUCAAUGCUGUGGGUGGAGAAUUAACAUUAGAGGAAAAGAAACACCCCGUUCUCAAAGGAUUUGUUUGAUCUUGCUCGUUGUCUUCACAUGUGCCGCAGCGAUUGGAUGUAUUCUACUUUCGGUUGGACAGGAUGAAUUUCGUGGUGAAGCACUACAUACUCUAAAUUAUGUAGUGAAUCAGUCAGACUUCACUGUUCAGACUCUGAGAAAUGUCACGGGGUAUCUGUCACUUGCAAAGACAGUAAAUGUCGCACAACUUUUUUUACCUUCAGAUAUCAAAGAUGAUAUUGACAAGCUGAAUGUAGACCUAAAUACUGCUGCAGAAACACUCUGGGAGAAAACAGAUGAAAAUUCGAUCAAGAUCAGAAGGGUGUUUGAUGCUGUGCGAUCAGCUUUGAUUACUGUUGCAGCGGUGAUGCUUCUUGUUUCCGUUCUGGGUCUUGUUCUGUCCGUGCUUGGUCAUCGACAUGCAAUUUACAUAUUUGUUGUUAGUGGAUGGAUACUCGUUGCAGUUACUUUCAUUCUUUGUGGAGUUUUCCUGAUUCUCGAAAAUGCAAUUGCUGAUACCUGUGUGGCAAUGGACGAAUGGGUGGAUCACCCCCAUGCUGAAACUGCUCUUAGUAAUAUACUUCCAUGUGUUGACCAGAGAACGACAAACCAGACACUGAUAGAAAGUAAAGAAGUCACCAAUGCUAUUGUAGAUAUUGUGAACGAGUUUCUAGAUAAUUUUGCCAACUCAAAUCCACCUCCUCAGGCAUAUCCCAGUUAUUACAACCAGUCAGGACCUCUUAUGCCUCAUCUAUGCCAGCCAUACGACUCCCAUCUGCUAGAUCGCCAGUGUCCACCUCAAGAGGUUUCCAUGGCAAAUGCUUCUCAGGUUUGGCAGAACUACAUUUGCACGUCAUCAGGAUUUGGUGUCUGCAGCAGCGUUGGAAGGUUGACCCCAGAUAUGUAUGACCAGUUGGUGGAUGCAGUCAAUGUUAGUAAUGCCCUUCAACAUUACGCCCCUAUAUUGCUUAGUCUUCAAGACUGCAACUUCGUACGUGAUACAUUCCAUUCUAUCGUACUUGACUACUGCCCUCCACUAGAACACCGUCUCCAAGUAGUUAACGCAGGACUCGGCCUAAUCUCAGUAGGAGUUAUGCUCAGUCUUGUGCUAUGGAUAAUCUACGCAUACCGCCCCGCAGAGGAGGAAGUGUUUGCUAAGAGUCCAUUAACACAAAAAGGGCAGCUAUGGAUCAUCAAGAACCAGAGCUCAGACAACUGUUGAAGCUUAGGAAAAUACUUUUCGCUCUAGUGUUGGAAGCGUUGUUGUGUUAUGACCCAUCUCAAACUGUUGCAAAGCAAGAGUUUGAUUCUGUGGUUAUUGUAUAUUAGGAUUAUAUAAUACUAGUAAUUUUGAACCUCAAGGCCUAUACAUAUUAUGGAACAGCGUGUUCAUUGUUAA